AUGUUCUUCAAGAAGACCUUUUCCGCGGAACGGAAAGUCCUUCAAGUGGGGCUCAAAAUGCUCAAUCUUAUCGGCGUAUGGGACAACGAAGCCAGAGACAAUCGUCGAAUCUAUCGCUAUUUCGCCCUUGUCGGUUGGAUGCUGCUGAACAUAAUGAUCCCAAAAGCAGUUCUCGGUUCCGGGAAAGACGGAUUCGACUCUGUGGCCAGGAAUCUCGCUGAAUUUAUCUUCUUUAGUGACGUUUGCAUUGCGUCUGGCAUUUUCGUGACUCGUCGAAGGUCGUAUGGGCAACUGGUUCAAGUGCUGAAGGAAACGCUCGAUCGAUACGAAUCAAAGGACUACAUUCAAGAGAUACGGCAGUUCAAUCGGCGGAUGGAUUCUUUCGCGAGAGGCUACAAUGCUUACGUGGGUUUCCUGUUGGCACUGUUUCUGGGAAUUCCGAUCGUCUGGACGCUCUGCAAAUGUAUUUUCGUACCUGACUACAAGAGAACUGACUACAUUCUGAUUUUCGAGGUGCAGUACUACUACUUGGACAUCCGCCGAAACAUCGUCCAUUACCUGAUCUAUUUUACCUUCGCCGGUCCGGCUAUCAUGUGUUCGGCAUAUCAAAGUUGUUUGAAAGCAGCCGUGUUUUUAACACCACUCCAAUACGGUGCGAAGCUGUUCGAUUUAAUCCAGAUGAGAAUCAACAAUCUGGGUGAUGCCAAAGCAGGCGAAGAACGAAGGGACGAACUUCGAAUGAUCAUUGAGUUGCACAAGAUGGCGCUGAAGUACACGGAACUAUUGGAAGAAACGCUCAGCUUCAUAUUGCUCAACCAGAUCCUGAACUGCAUGGCUAUUUGGUGCUUGAUGAUGUUCUACCUUUCGACUGUAAGUAUCGCUAAUGAUGCUCGUUGUGCACUCGCAGUAAGCCACGCCAUCUACAAAUACCCGUGGCACCUGGAGCCGGCUGCUAUGCAGCGAGACCUACGGUUCAUGAUGCAACGGGCGCAAAAGCCUACUGGGAUUACGGCAGCCAAGUUCUACUUCGUUAACAUCCAACGAUUGGGAAUAGUGAUGCAGGCGUCGUACUCGUACUACCUGAUACUGAAGAACAGAUUUUAGAAAGUGGCAUAUCGACAAAACAAAUUGUUAGUAUCGCAUUGUCAGUUUUUUAUUCCAGGGCACGAGUUUCUGUUAGAUUUUUCACGCGACAUCCAAUGCUUAUCGUACUAGGAAUAGAUUUUAACAGUUGAGAUUCUGUCAUUCAGGAAGCAUAGAAGAUCUGUAGACGCCCAAAUUCACCAGGAAAGAAGUUAAAAGAAGAAUUAAUUCCUGGAUCUAGGAUAGAAAACACGGCGAACUUAGAAAAUCCAGAUCAAAAUAGACUGCACAAUACACAAUUACUCGCACGCGUUUUUGAUAGUUUAGUGAAAAGCCUUUGCAUGUCACAUAACAGUUUUGCAAAAUAAAGCAUUGAACAGCAAAAUGAAGUUCUUUUAUUUC